AAGCUGACAAGUGGAAACGUCAACGACUCAAAUUGAAGGACAAGUUUUUUGCACGCUGCUUGAGAAAAAAUGUUACAUUUAAUAAAGCCAUUGAAUCAGACACCAGAGAAUUAGGAGUACGUAUAACAAUGGCUCUUCUUUCAGUUCAUUCUAUAGAGCUCUCUUUAAAAGUCUGUCAGGGAACAAACAUUCUGCUGAAAUAUUUUACAAUAAUCAUGGUCAUAUUUCUGCAUAUUCCUCAAACAUGCAAUGCUAGGAAGAGCAAACGCCACUGUCCUCCUUCUGCUUGUGGUCAUAUCCGUGACAUAAGCUACCCUUUUCGUUUAAACUCCGAUCCAAAACAUUGCGGUUUCUCAGAAGCUGAAUUAGCUUGUGAAGGUAACAAAACCUUUAUAUGGCUGUUCUCCAAGAAGUUGUAUGUGCAAGCCAUCAACUACCAUAACCAGACAAUUCGACUGGUAGAUCCAACGUUACAAAGAGAUGAUCUAUGCUCUCUAAUACCUCCUCAUCUUACCUUCCACCAUUACAAUACUGCACGCUUUCAUCCGCAUUAUAAUUAUACUAAAGGAUCAGAGAGUAAUAUUAAAAGAGCAGCAGAACCCAUCUUCAUGUUCAACUGUCCCUUUGCUAUUAAUACAUUUCUGGAAAUAAGUGGCUGCAAAUCAAGCAGAUACACUUAUUUAAAGAUUGGAGAAAUGAAUGCAUCUGAAGUCGGUGAUGGAUGCAGAGCAGAAUUUAUAGGCCUGACCUCUUGGCCUAAUAUUAAAGAUCAUGUCCACAACAACAUUAUUUCCCUUUCUGAUUUUCAUCAAGCGAUCCUCUAUGGUUUCGAGCUUUAUUAUAUCGGAUUUACAGAAUGUAUGGAACGUUGUGCUGUUACUUGGGGGUUUCAUGUGGUAUUUAACACUGAGAUUUGUGAUCGGCCUACCGUUCAUAUGUGUAUUUCUGGUGUUCAAAUUCAAAAGGAGACAUUUGUCGAUGUUUGAUAUGAUUGAACGCUUUCUUCAAACACAAAAUAAUUUCAUGCCACUCAGAUAUGAUUACUCCAACAUAAAGAGAAUGACCAGAGGUUUCAAAGAAAAA